AUGCAGACCAGCUUCAUCGUUCUACGCAUAGCAGUGAGUUUCAUUGCAGCCGCAGCCGCAGACACGACUGUCAUCCAGAACUCGACAAAGGCUUUCCAUCACGACACCGAUCGUAACCAGAAGAGUACCGAAAAAGAAGAAGAGGUCGUUUUCAGCGAGGGUGAAGAGAGAGCGGGGUCAUUUAGAGCCCUUAACAGACUCAGAGGGCUCUUUCGUUCGAAAAUGAACACGAUGGAUCAAGCACAGCUGAACAAAAGAUAUGCAAGUGAAGCUCUUGCCAAAGUGAAAAGUAUCGUAGGCUUGAGUAAGACACCGACCAAAGUUACCCCAACACAACUCAGGGAGCUCUAG